AUUCGCAUCAUUGCAUUCCGCCAAAUCAACCACCAUCUCAGCCUCCGAAGACCGCUGCUCACAACUCUUUCAACUCGUCAAAGUCAACGAAUCAUCACCUUCACCACCCUCCCGAGGCAUUACCAACAGUUUAUUCAAUUCAAACGCCAAGAAAACAUGACAGACGACAGCGCUCCUAGGGCUUCCUCCGAACAAUCCACCCUCUCGACGGACGCUUCCCAAACUAAGCAAAGGAAAAAGAGGAAGUGGGAUCAGCCUGCGGAGUCGUUAGUUAACUAUCCGUUCGGCAACAUGGGAUCCCUUGCAGGGGUUACUCUGCCGGGCGUGGCUCCAUCUAUCUCUGCUGCUGCUCCCUUUUUGACCAAUUCACUAGUGGGUAAUGGUGUGGUCGUUCCACCCUUGGCACUACAGGGCCCUUGCGUACCAAAAUUAAAUCAGCAGGUGAGCUGUUUAGUCAGAUGGUCAUUGGGAAGGUCUUGUUUCUUAUCCCAACCUAAGAUUCAAGAUGAGUUAAUAAUUGCACGAGAAAUUGUUAUAAAUGAUGCCGAGUCUUCUAUUCGCUACAAACUUACUAAACGCCAAACGCAGGAGGAGAUUCAGAAAUGCACUGGUGCUGUUGUAAUAACUAGGGGUAAAUAUCGUCCACCAAAUGCACCACCUGAUGUAGAAAAGCCAUUAUAUCUUCACAUAUCUUCUGGGGCUCAUUUGAAAGAGACAGCAGAAAGGAUUUUGGCAGUUGAUCGUGCGGCUGCCAUGGUUGAAGAAAUGUUGAAACAGGGUCAGAAUGGUUUUUCCGCUUUGCAAAGUAUGAGUAACGGGGUGAAGGAACUCAGUGCAUGUGUGUUUUUGAGCUUUGAUCCUGAUCCAUCAUUGAACAUCACUGCUCGUAUUCGUGGGCCAAAUGACCAGUAUAUAAAUCACAUUAUAAAUGAAACAGGAGCAACUGUCUUAUUAAGGGGGUGUGGUUCGGGAAACUUUGAAGGCCUGCACGGUGAAGAUGUGCAUCAACCACUUCAUUUAUUCUUGUCCAGUAGCAAUCCUAAAAGUCUGGAAGAUGCAAAGCAUUUGGCUGAAAAUCUUUUAGAUACAAUCAGUGUAGAGUGUGGUGCCUCCAGGGUUUCAUCAUGCAAAGUCUAUAAUGCUGUUCCACCCCCACAACAGUUAUUGUCUGGCAUUCAGAGUUAUGGGAAUGAGCAAAAACUAAAUGCAAGUUCUGUUUCUGGAUUGACAUCAACAGUGAGCGCCACACUUGUUCCAGAAGUUUCUUUUGUUAUUGCCCCUGGGGUUGCUACUGUCUCUUCUCAAGGCACUCGGGUACAGUCUGGAGGAAUGAUGAACCGUGCACAACACCAACAAAAUAUGUUUGGUUACUCUCAGCCUGUAUUAACUGGAGGAACAAGCUAUAGUGGAUACGAAGGAAUAUAUCCUCAGGCAACACCUUUACAGCAAGUUGCCCUUGCCCUCAGACACUCAUCUUCUCCCAUCACCUCAUCAGUUGCUCCAACAGCAUCAGUCACUCCAACAAUGUCUGUCGAAAACUCAGCAGCAAAAUCAAAUAUUGGUUCCAUGUCUGAGAAAGAGAGACAACCUCCACAGAAGAGAAAGUUUCAGGAGUUACCAGUUGGUUCCAAAGACCCUGCAAAACUCAACCAGGGAUCAGAGCUAAAUAACCCAAGUGAACCAUCAGCUGGUGUGGAGGUGAGAAAUUUAUCAAAUAUGCCAGCUCCAAAGAGGUUGGUCCAGUCAUCAGUCAAUGGAAUGCCCCCUCCACCUCCGAGAAGCAUGCCCCAUCCACCACCACCAAAAUUUACUUCAUCAACACCUACUCCUAAAUCUCAGGAGAGAGGCAGAAGUUUGAAUAAAACACAUUUUGAAAAUAUCCCUGAUACUCUGGUCAAGCUGAUGGAAUAUGGAGAAGAUUAUUAUGACCUGGAGGAAACUGGGGAAGAAUCUCAUACCUCUGACUCCUCUUGUAGUCUCAACUCAAAUAAAGUAGCUGUUAGCAAACCGUUUUGGGCUUUAUGAGGUAUUCAGCUGGUGGAUUAUUGUGAACAGAGGUGCUUUUUUGGGCUUUAUUCUAAUCAUGCAUAAGUGGAGCUUGUGAAGUUGGGUAGAAUAUGGAUGGGAGCCAUGUGUCAUAUAAUCUAUUCUAAGGUUUGAAUGCUGUGAUGUUGCUGUAACUGCUGUCUAUGUGGCAUGGAAGAUUGUUGUAUUUUCUCAGGUUUAGGUGUACAGUAGUAGUUUUCCAUUGUCUUGUUGAUAGAAGUAGAGUUUUAAGCUUUUGCCAACUCCCGUGGUAACCAAAAUUUUAUCUGAAGAGUUGGGAAUAAAAGUUUUGCUGCCUAAAUAUCUGAAGCAAGAUGUAUGAUACACGUUUGAAACCACAAAAUAACAGUAGUCUGUCUAGUAUUUCAAGUUUAAUUUAAUGCCGAUGAUUCUGCAAUUUAGCA